CGCGGGGGCGGGGCUUCGGCGGCGGCAGCCCCAGCAGGAACAUCCUUGCAGCGCCGGGGCCGAGUCGGCAUCAGCUGGGGACAGAGCGCGCGCCGUGGCUGCGACCAAAGCAGGAAAUAACUCCUCAAAAUGGAGGACGGGAAGCCGGUUUGGGCUCCACACCCAACUGAUGGGUUUCAGAUGGGAACCAUUGUUGAUAUUGGACCUGACAGCUUAACUAUUGAACCCAUAAAUCAAAAAGGCAAGACCUUUCUUGCUGCUAUUAACCAAGUAUUUCCUGCAGAGGAAGAUAGUAAGAAGGAUGUGGAAGAUAAUUGUUCAUUAAUGUACUUAAAUGAAGCCACCUUGUUACAUAACAUUAAAGUUCGAUACAGCAAAGACAGAAUUUAUACAUAUGUAGCCAACAUCCUAAUAGCAGUGAACCCUUACUUCGAUAUACCGAAACUCUAUUCCUCUGAUUCUAUUAAGAAGUACCAUGGUAAAUCACUUGGGACACUGCCACCACAUGUCUAUGCAAUUGCCGAUAAAACAUUCCGGGACAUGAAAGUACUCAAGAUGAGUCAGUCAAUCAUCGUGUCUGGAGAAUCGGGAGCUGGCAAGACGGAAAACACUAAAUUUGUUUUACGGUAUCUGACUGAAUCCUAUGGCAGUGGACAAGAUAUUGAUGAAAGAAUUGUAGAAGCCAACCCACUUCUAGAAGCAUUUGGCAAUGCGAAGACUGUUCGUAACAACAAUAGUAGCCGCUUUGGAAAAUUUGUAGAAAUCCAUUUCAAUGAAAAGAAUUCAGUUGUUGGUGGAUUUGUAUCACAUUAUCUGCUAGAGAAAUCCAGGAUCUGUGUCCAAGGCAAAGAAGAACGAAAUUAUCAUAUUUUCUAUCGGCUGUGUGCUGGAGCCCCUGAAGAUAUAAGAGAAAAACUGUAUUUAAGUUCACCAGAUAAUUUUAGGUAUUUAAAUCGUGGAUGCACCCAAUAUUUUGCUACCAAAGAAACCGAUAAGCAAAUUUUGCAGAAUCGCAAAAGUCCAGAGUGCCUGAAAUUUGGCUCUCUGAAGGAUCCUCUGCUGGAUGACCAUGGAGACUUCAACAGAAUGUGCACUGCAAUGAAGAAGAUUGGUUUAGAUGAUGAAGAGAAACUGGAUCUCUUCCGAGUAGUGGCUGGUGUCCUUCACCUUGGAAACAUUAACUUUGAAGAAGCUGGCAGCACAUCUGGAGGAUGCACUCUGAAGAAUAAAUCUAGCCAGUCCCUCGAAUACUGUGCAGAACUGCUUGGCCUGGACCAGGAAGACCUGCGGGUUAGUUUAACCUCCAGAGUCAUGUUGACAACAGCAGGGGGCGCCAAAGGAACAGUGAUCAAGGUACCUUUGAAAGUAGAACAGGCAAACAACGCUCGUGAUGCUUUAGCAAAAACAGUCUACAGCCACCUCUUUGAUCAUGUGGUAAACAGGGUAAACCAGUGUUUUCCUUUUGAGACAUCGUCUUUCUUUAUUGGCGUCCUGGAUAUUGCGGGGUUUGAAUAUUUUGAGCACAAUAGCUUUGAACAAUUCUGCAUCAACUACUGUAAUGAGAAGCUGCAGCAGUUCUUUAAUGAGAGGAUUCUAAAAGAGGAGCAAGAACUCUACCAGAAGGAAGGUUUAGGUGUCAAUGAAGUUCACUAUGUAGAUAACCAAGACUGUAUAGAUUUGAUAGAAGGGAAAUUAAUAGGCAUUCUUGACAUCUUGGAUGAAGAAAAUCGUCUUCCCCAGCCAAGCGAUCAGCACUUUACGUCAAUGGUCCACCAGAAACACAAAGACCACUUCAGACUUUCAAUACCCAGAAAGUCUAAGUUGGCAGUUCACCGAAAUAUCCGAGAUGAUGAGGGCUUUAUUGUCAGACAUUUUGCUGGAGCAGUAUGCUAUGAAACGACCCAGUUUGUGGAGAAGAACAAUGACGCUUUGCAUAUGUCUCUGGAGUCCCUUAUAUGUGAAUCUAAAGAUAAAUUUGUCCGGGAGCUGUUUGAAUCUAACACUAAUAACAACAAGGACCAUAAGCAGAAAGCAGGAAAGCUCAGCUUCAUCAGCGUGGGAAACAAAUUCAAGACUCAGCUAAAUCUGCUGCUGGAAAAGCUUCGUAGUACUGGGUCUAGCUUUAUUCGCUGUAUCAAGCCUAAUUUAAAGAUGACAAGUCACCAUUUUGAAGGUGCCCAGAUCCUCUCGCAGCUCCAGUGUUCAGGCAUGGUAUCUGUUUUGGACCUGAUGCAAGGUGGCUUCCCAUCACGGGCCUCAUUUCAUGAGCUAUAUAAUAUGUACAAAAAAUACAUGCCUCCAAAGCUGACCCGUUUGGAUCCAAGGCUCUUCUGCAAGGCACUCUUCAAAGCUCUUGGGUUGAACGAAAAUGACUAUAAAUUUGGAUUAACCAAAGUGUUCUUUAGGCCUGGCAAGUUUGCAGAGUUUGAUCAAAUUAUGAAGUCUGAUCCAGACCAUCUUGCUGAGUUGGUAAAACGAGUCAACCAUUGGCUUAUUUGCAGUCGCUGGAAGAAGGUUCAGUGGUGCUCUCUGUCAGUCAUUAAAUUGAAAAACAAAAUCAAAUACAGAGCCAGUGCCUGCAUCAAAAUACAAAAGACUAUCCGUAUGUGGCUGUGUAAGAAAAAACAUAAACCACGCAUUGAUGGUCUAAUCAAGGUUCGCACCCUGAAGAAGAGGCUUGACAAAUUCAAUGAAGUAGUGAGUGCUCUGAAAGAAGGGAAACCAGAAAUGAGCAAGCAGGUCAAAGACCUUGAAAUGUCUAUUGAUGCUCUAAUGGUCAAGAUAAAGGCAACUGUAAUGCCUAGACAACAGAUACAGAAGGAGUAUGAUUCUCUAGUUAAAAGCUCAGAAGAGCUUCUGAGCUCCUUACAGAAGAAGAAGCAACAAGAAGAGGAGGCAGAAAGGCUGCGGCGUAUCCAGGAAGAGAUGGAAAAAGAAAGGAAGAGGCGUGAGGAAGAGGAGCAACGUCGGAAGAAGGAAGAGGAAGAAAGACGAUUAAAAUAUGAGAUUGAAGCAAAGAGAAAACAGGAAGAAGAAGAGAGGAAAAAAAGGGAAGAAGAAGAAAAAAGAAUUCAGGCUGAAGUGGAGGCCCAGCUGGCAAGAGAGCGUGAAGAAGCUAGUCAACAACAAGCCGUUUUGGAGCAAGAACGCAGAGAUCAUGAGCUGGCCAUGAGAAUUGCCCAGAGCGAAUCGGAACUCAUCACUGAUGAAUCUCAGCUCGAUCCAGGAUUGCGCAGGGGACCUUCAGUUCAAGCCACCAAAGCUGCCGCUGGCACUAAAAAACAUGACCUUAGCAAGUGGAAAUAUGCCGAGCUACGUGACACAAUCAAUACCUCUUGUGAUAUUGAACUGCUGGCAGCUUGCAGAGAAGAGUUUCACAGGCGGCUAAAGGUUUACCAUGCUUGGAAAUCCAAGAAUAAGAAGCGCAAUGCAGAAACAGAACAGCGUGCUCCUAAAUCAGUGACUGACUAUGAUUUUGCUCCAUUUAUGAACAACUCAACUCAACAGAAUGCAGCAAGUCAGCUAGCUGCAAGGCCGCAACAGGAGGUUGAAGUGAAUCGACAACAGCGUUACUUCCGUAUUCCCUUCAUCCGUCCAGCAGACCAAUACAAGGAUCCCCAGAACAAGAAGAAAGGUUGGUGGUAUGCCCACUUUGAUGGACCGUGGAUUGCACGUCAGAUGGAGCUUCAUCCUGACAAGCCACCCAUCUUGCUAGUGGCCGGCAAAGACGAUAUGGAAAUGUGUGAGCUGAAUCUUGAAGAGACUGGCUUGACUCGGAAGCGUGGGGCUGAGAUUUUGCCGAGGCAGUUCGAGGAGAUCUGGGAGCGCUGUGGGGGAAUCCAGUAUCUUCAAAAUGCAAUAGAGAGCAAACAAGCUCGGCCUACUUAUGCAACGGCAAUGUUGCAGAACCUAUUGAAAUAAAUACGUAGUCACUUUGCACAUUCACCUUUGGUGUUUUGAGACCUUCUCCCACCUUAACAAUAAAGGGAAAUGGUGCCUCUGAGUAACAGAGGACUCUUAUGCAGUCUAUAAUCAUAUAGAGAUAUUUAAUAUAAACAGAUUUUAUUAAUGUGGAGGUUUUCAAUUUGUACUUCUGAUGUGUGUGUAGUUAAUUCACUAGUUCCUUGGUUCUAAGCAUUUGUUUCAGUGAAAUAUCUGGUUUGCUUUUGUUCAUACAUUGACUCUUUUUCAUAUAGCAUGUCUCAUAACACUAAUAAUACUGUAAUGUAGAGUAACAUAUUAUCAGGAGCUAAGUACGUAACUACAUUGUGUUGUCUUUCCUUCCUAAAGAGUACCUCCUUUGUAAUACUCAGAAUGUUAAAUUUCUUCGAGGUAAUGUAGCACAGUGUCCCUCACCAUGGUGCCUUCCAGAUCUUUGUGGCUACAACUGCUGUCAGCCCUUAUGAAGCAGGCCAGGGAUGAUGGGCAUUGCUAUCCAAUACAUCUGGAGGGCGCCGGGUUGAGAGUUUAGUGUAACACGAAGGCAAUAUUGCGUCUUCUAACUGGAAUUGUGAGGCCUUAAAAUUAACUUCUUUUCUUCAGAAGUUAAAACAAACUUUUAUAAGAUGAAAGACUGCAUGUGCAGAUUGUGAAAGCUGUUUGACAUAGAUGCAUUCACUUAGAAAAAAACCAUUUUUGACAUGUCUCUUAAGUAGACUGCAGGAGCUCACUUGAUGAAAGCAGAACAGUUCUUUAUGAAGUACGUUAAUAAUAAUGGAGAUACUGAACAUUUUUGGUGCAUAUUUAAGUAGCUGAAUUCGUGUGUGUGUGUGUGUGUUUCCCUUUUGUAAGCAACUUUUAUUUUUUACAAUAUGAAUUCCUUCAAGUAAUUUUGUUUUUAUUUUUUCUGUCAUACGUUUCUUAGAAAUCUUUUCUUUAUCAGUCUGUUAGAUGUUCCUUCACAAAUAGUACCCAUGAUAUAUCUCUAAAUACAGUUAGAACUGCAAGCAUAAGGGAAACAGCUUCCAUUUUUGAUGAGAAUGGAGAACCUGAUUGGAGUAUGCUAAGGUGAAUUUUGUACUUUCUUUGUACUUUCAUGAAAUCCUCCUGGAUUAGGUGGUUUUUCUCAGACUCUUUUCAUACUUUUGAUGAGUGGUACAGCACUGGAAUUUCUAAUUAUGAUGCUCUUCUUCAGACGACUUGGCUUCAUAGCAUUAAAGUAAUAAACCUUUUCAUCUAAUCUUGCAGAUUAUUUCUAGAGCUAAUCUCCCAAUAUCAGACUUCAUAGGUUGUUCUUUUUUGACCAUGAUACCUUUGAUGGUAAUUAAAUUUUUAAAGUAUAAUAAUUACUGGUUUCCUACAGAUUUAACUUACCUUUUUGAUAUUAAUGGAUGGCUCCCAUUGCUUGUUCAUAUCAACCAACUAAGCCUGGGUUUUAUCUCAGUAUUAGGAGAUUUGGGGAAAUAAAACAACAUUGUUUGUAGUUUUUUGAAAAAAUUAUAAUAAUCGAGACUAUAAUAAUGAUACAGACUAUACUUGGGAAUUAUUUCAUUCCGUUAAUUUGUAUUUCAGAAAGAACAAAUUACAUUUCCAGGCUCUGAUUUUUAAAUCUUCAAGAGUUCUUUUCAUUGCCUUCUGCCACCACAUGUCUGCUGGCGGAAAUAUACUAUUUGUGUUGUAUAAGUUAUAGCCAAUUUAAUUUAUUAAUUUAAUAUUUAUGACCCCCUUGUUAUCUGAACACAUUUUGGGGUCCUGGGAAUGGUCAUAUAUUCCCAUCUUUACAUUGAUAAAAUGGCUUCCCAGAUCCACCUGAAGUCCAACAAGCAAAUGCUUGAUGUAGUUAGCUUUGGCAUUACUAGGUUAAAUCUGUUUCUACCCUAACUGUUUAUUGAUUGUAUAUACCCUCAAAAUCCAUCAGAAGUUGCAUAGGAAUUCUCGAUAAAACAUUAAGAACCGGUGGUUGUAACUAAAGACUUUUUCCAAGAGGAGAAAAUAUUUUUUCCUAAUCAAGAAAGUUUUGAUUUCUGCUUUCACACCAUCUUAAGCUCUGAUUUCCUACUGCACUGUAUGCCAUCCCCAAGGCACCACAACUCUCAGGAAUGGCUUUUUGUCCCCAUGCAGAGUAAAUACAAAACUAAAUAGUCUGGCAUCCCACUGAGUAUUGUGAAUGGAACUCCACUUGGAUCAUUUCUCAAGGUCCAAGUUCAUGUGUGUUCAUGAGUUCUGGAACAUCUACAUCCAGUAAGAAGACUCAGCUCUGCAACACACUUACGUAUGUACAGGAUUUCUCUCACUGGGAUUUUGUUCCUGGAAAUCCACAUUUCUCCUCAGAUGAUCCUGCUAAAGGUGAACUAGUACUAGAUAAAAACUUCUGCUAAAACAUAAAUUAGUACAUUAGAAACCAUGAUGAAUAACAUAGAAUUAAGUCUAGGCCAUAGGAUCAGGCAACCUUUUUGUUCUCAGGGUAUAUAUUAGUGGUUUCCAACCUUUGGUCCUCCAGGUGUUUUGGACUCCAGCUCCCACAGUUCCUAACAACUGAUCAGAUGACUGGGAUUUCUGGGAGUUGAAGUCCAAAACACCUGGAGGACCAAAGGUUGGGAACCACUGGAUAUAUGGACUGAUAGGAGGUGGAUUGGGGACAUGUAUGAAUGGUUGGCACAGGAUAUAGUUAGUUAAGCCUGGUGCCCUUUCCCUUUACUUUCCAUGCCAUGUCUGUCAGGCACACAUACCUUUUCCUUGUGAAGAUACCUGCAUAAACACUUUCACACUGUCUUUAACCUCCCUAUUGCAUUUUUGCUCUUUGCAGUGUACUGAAUAAUAGUGUAGCACAUUGGGAAUCCUGAAGCUUGAAUACUCACAAUAGUUCACAUUUGAAAGUUUACAGGGGUCCAACGUACAUCUUGUCCAUUGCCCGUGCAUGGUGUAGUGAAUUAUAUCCUUUAGCAAUAGCCUUUUAGAUUUUAAUGUACAAUGCUUUAAUGAGACUGUACCCCACUUCUUAUGCUGGUCUAUGACCGUAAUAAAGAUUUUUGAGUUGAACAAUAGAUAAGCCCUCAGAGAAAGGCAUGUUUAAGUGGGCUCACACAAGCUUUGCUUUCUGUUUUCCACAAAUCUCCUUUUCUUACCAUUCCAGUGUCUUAUUUUUUAGUUAGUACAUUCUGUUUAUUGAUAAUACAUUCCAUACAGGUUACACCCAGUUGGCCAUUUACCUUUAUACCUUUAACUGGGCCUUCUGUUUUGUUUUAAGUGGGACUUUGGGCCAAAUUGCAGAAGAUUUUUUGAGUACUGUAUUUGUGUUUUUUUUUUUUUCAGCUUUGGAGGAAGGUGCAAAUGAAUACGAAGCAAGGGUGGAGGGGAAAGGUAGCUCAAUCUCCUCUUUGGAAGCAUGUUCAGCAGCAAAAGAUACAGCACCUUCAUGUUUUCCUUUCAUUUGGGUCAGAAUGCAGCAUGGAGGGCAAAAUCAACUAGGAAAGUCAACUUUAGAAUUAAGCCACAUUUCUUCCCGUUGUUGCUUCCAUCAUACUAACUUUAGUUAGUUCAGAUCUUUCGAUGAUUGUUUUUUAAAAUCAAAUUUAGCUGAAAUACUGAAUUUCUUCAAUAGCUCAUUAUUUGAUAUGGUACUUGUUACCUCACUUGGAUUAAUUGUCAUUUAUAUGGUGCUGGUGUCUAAGGAAGGGAGCAAAUAUAAUUGGAGAGGCAUUGAUGAAUUGUACAUUACUGUGUAUGUUGGGUACAGCAUUUUUUCUGAAUUUCAUAUUAAGGGAGGGAUGCAUUCCCAGUCCUUCAGUGCUUCUCAUUUCCGUAUAUCUUAUGUAUCUUUUCAACUGAUUUUUGUGCAGAGCUGGAUAUGCUUGCUUCUUUUGUGGGAUGGUUCCCACUAAUCUCGGCCACUUAAAAACAACCCAAAAAAUUGAUAAGUGCCACCACAAGUAAAAAGAGAAAGGUCAAAUGUACACAUUUCUCACUUAAUUUCCUUCUUGGGUUAUAAUUGAAUUUAUCUAUAAGAGUUUCCAAAAGGGGGAAUGCUUUGUGAUUUAUUGAAGUGUACAGCAUUUAUAAUUGCGGAAAUGUGUUCAUUUGCAUCUGCCUAUGAAGAAAAAUGAGCUACGGUGUGGGUCAUCAAACAAAAUAAGAAGCGCUUAAAUGAGAUGUCAUAUUAACAUUACUAACACUGAGGUUAGUUGGGCUGCUGAAUAUUGCAUCUCAUGUCUUCCAUAUGAUCCCACUUGACAUUUAAGCAUGAAAAUUAAUAGCAAAGGUGUGUUGCUCAGUAGGACUUAAUGUAUAAGUUGGAACUACAAAAUGUUUCCUGCUGUUUUCGUAUUCAUGAUCUUUCUGAUGUGAAAACCCCAGGAAGACUGACUGGUAAAUGUAUGUAUAUCAUUUAAUUAAUCCUGAAUGUGUGACACAUUUUGUUUUGAGGGGAUUUAAUGUGAUAUAAAGAUCUCCUUGUAGUGUUUGGUCUGUGAUGGUUGUUUUCAUGUAGAGGCCGCCACAUUCUGAUUGCAGCCAAGUGAUGAUGAAAAUGCAGAUCUGAAUUUAGCCUAAGUCUCAAGAUGCAGCAGUCAAAGUUACAGAAUUAAAACCUGCACAUCUGUUGACCUUCACAAAACAGCACAAUGUCAUGAGCAUCCCAUCCCAUCCAUCUUCUUUAAUUAUAUCUAUUUUAAUCUCUUGCUUUUUUCCUCCUAAACCAUUUCAAGUAGUUUGUCAAAUGACCUUAAUUAUGUACUGAAAAUUGCUGCAAAAUAAAUUUACUCUGCUGAUCUCA